AUGGGUGAUACUUUGCAUGAUCCUAUCCCCGACCUCACAGGGAAAGUAGCCAUCGUAACGGGUGGACAUACGGGACUGGGCUUCGGCACCAGCAUUGAGCUUGCGAAACAUGGUGCCCGGGUGUAUAUUGCUUCUCGGUCCGCGGCCAAGUUCAAUGAUGCAGAGCGUGAAAUCCGUUUGGAGUGCCCGGAAGCACAAGUGCGCUUUAUAUUACUGGACUUGGCGGAUUUAAGCAGUGUCCAGGCGGCGGCGGAGAGGUUUUCUCACACUUACUCGCUCCAGAUCAUGUGCAUUCCUUACGAGGAGACGAAGCAGGGAUUUGAGUUGCAAAUAGGGGUAGGUCGACCCGCAUGCAAUGGUUUUCUUUUCCUUGCGGCUGUUAUCGCUAAGAAGAAGAAGGUAAAUUACAUCGGUCAUUUCCUGUUCACGGAAUUGCUCAUCCCGAUACUCCAGAGGACCGCAGAGAGAGCCGAGAGGGGAAGCGUGCGUGUUGUGAACGUAUCUAGCGAUGGACACGCCAAACUCGCCCCAAAGGAGGGCAUAAUAUUCUCAGAUAUGAACAUGAAGGAUGGUUUCUCUGUCUGGGCCCGCUACGGCCACUCCAAACUUGCCAACGUACUGCAUUCGAAAGCAUUGGCAAAGAGGUUUCCGAGCAUUCUCUCGCUGUCCUUGCACCCGGGAACGGUAAAGACGUAUGCUGCCGUUUCCUUUCCUGUCCAGCGAUUCACAAGCACGAAUCUCACGAUUCUCAGGAACCUGUCCGCAGGGCCGAUCUCGUCAACUCCGCUCUAUCGGCUGAUAAAGCCGCUUGUCGAGCUGGGCGCGCCUGGCCCACGAAAGGGGGCAGCAAAUAUCCUGUUUGCUGCUGUGUCGUCAAGGCUACGGUUGGAAAGCGACAAUGGAGCAUACUUGCUGCCGAUUGGAAGAGUGUCGGCGCCCAGUAAAGCGGCAUCGGAUCUCGAGAUGGCGGAGGAGCUCUGGAAGUGGACAACGAAGACCCUCAGAAGCCGCGGAUAUUGAAGAGGCGAGAUUGCCUCACAAGCUUCAU